UGCAAUAAUAUCUGGUGUUUUUCUGCAGAACUUGGAUUUCCUUUUUUCGAUAUUUUAAGAAGGAAUGAAAAUUUGACAGAGGUUGUGGGCAGAAAAUAUGCAGGAGCUUCAUUUGACCAUACUGAGCAUGCUCCAAUGCUUUUAAGCAUGCUCAGAUGCACAGGAAAGGAGGAGAUUUUACGUCGUCUUCCUCGUUCUUUCUCUUUCUCGUUACUAUGAAGCCACCUUCGAGGCAGCGUUCCGCUCCUAGUCGCUAUAGGUUGGACCCCACAGCCCGAGCUUGGACGGACGCUGAAAAGCGAUGCCUUCUUAAAGCCUUGAGAGCUCAGAGCCAAGGCCCUUUGCGGCCGGAACUGCUGCAGAAAUAUGUUCCUUCGAGAGAUGAAGCAGAGAUCUUGGCCUUUGUGCAACUGCUGAAAGAGCGUGUCGCAAGAGAAGCAAUCAGGGCUCAGUGUCUGUAUCGCCAGAAAACAUGGAAAAAAGCCCCGGUUCCAGCACCUAUUGAGGUAUGGACAGACUUGGCUGAGAAGUUGACAGGUUGUCUUGAGAAUGCUGUGACAGAUGCCUUUUCCCAGGUGCUGACAAUUGCUUCUGCAGAGCCUCUCGGCUUACUUCAUUCUGUGCCCCCAAAGCCUGUGGCAGUAGCCAUUGCAUCAAAUGCAGAGGGAAAAUCUCAGGCAAUGGGAAAAUCAUCUGAGGCGGCAGCUGCCUCAUCAAAUGCAGAGAAAGCAGCUCCUGCAGAACAGGAUGGAUUCCAUGUAGACUUUGAAAAGAUCUACAAAUACCUUUCUGCGAUCUCACGUGGAUCUAAAGCACCACAACUCCCACCAGGUGAAUCAGCUGUGCUUCUUGAUCUGCUGCUGUCACUGCCUGAAGAAUUGGGCUUCCUGGAUUUUAAGAAGCUAAGGAGCCACAUGCACAAAUGUUAUAUGGACUUGAGUGCCUGCCAUGCAGGCGAGAGAAGUGGAAAGCAAGCAGAGUCCAGCCAGUCUGCAAACAGUAGUGGGAAGCUAUAUGACUCCCCUCUCCAGACAGCCAACAGCCAUCUUCCACAUCAAGAGGGCUCUAGUUCUACUACUACUUCAGAUAAUACGGCACAGCCUUCUGCCUUUGAUUGGAAGACUCUGGAUAUCUGCCCUUUAAAUUCAUUCUUACUUCCCUUGGAUAUUCUGGCACAAAAGAAAGAGAGCUCUGACUGAGGGAAUUGGAUUCUGCAUUGCCAAGUUUCUGUGAUGAACUACAUGUUUCUUCUCCAAGAACUAUCCUUAUACUUUGAGAUAUUGAGACAGCUCUGAGUUUGCUGUAAACAGUAUUAUAUUUGAGUAAUGUGGCCUGUUCUUUUGCAUCUUGGCCUAUGUAUACUAUCAUGUUCUUAAAUACACUUUUCUUCCUGGCUGCUAAUAGUUGUGUGUACAACCAUGUAUAUAUUUCUAGUUUGAUUCAGCUCUGAAAGAGGAUGAGCAAGAUUUUUCUGUUAUAUAAAUGACACUUUAAGAUGCACAGAGGAGGGGAAAGCACCACGCCGGAAGGAAGGAAACGGUGCAGUGACAGCCUAUUAAAAUGAAGAUCCUAAUGCAUUUAGAGUGAAAACUCUUCUUCAGGGGACUUGACUCAAAUAGACUGAUAUAGAGUAAAAACAAGAACUACAAGAGAAACAUGAGAACUCAGUUUACAAGGCACAGUGUUCAACUUCUACAUAACUUUUGUAAACUUCACUCUCAAUCUUUCUGUAUCAGUCUAAGUCCCUUGAAGAAUUUUCACUCAACACAUUGUCACCUACCCCUCAAUAAACUGUCAUUGCUCUGUUCCCUUUUUUCA